AUGCUUGUAAAUUAAUCAACAGGCAGUGAAUCAGCUACUACUUCAGUUUAAAAACAUCAGGAUUAUGAAUAGCAUCUAAAGACAACGAUUUAGCAAUUGGAGGAAGAGAUUUCAGGAUUAAGAGAAUAAAUAAAAAUGUGGGAAGAGAAGUAUGAGGAAUAGGAGCGAAUUCACAACAGAGAAAUUGUUUAGUUGAAGUGCAAUUUGGAUAACUCUAUUUUUGAGGACUAGCGUUGUGAUGAGAAUGAUCUUCAGGUUAUACAAGAGGAGACUGAAUUUUAUCAGAGGAGUCUGUGUUAAUCAUAGGUCACUUAGGGGAAGAUAGAUACAAAUAAUUUAAUGAAGAUUUUGGAUAAAAUUGAAAUGGAUGAUGCGAUUGAUUUGUAAUGUGAUCAGGAGACUUUUAUUGUAUAUAAAGUAACAAAAUUAGUCGAGAUGAUUCAGAAGAUGGAAUUGGAAUUGGAUGAUUGGAAAAGGAAUUAUUGGAUGUUGGAGAAGAAAUUGAAUCAGAUUUUAUUGUAACAAUAAGAUAAGUUACUGAAGCAGGGGUCUGAGGAGAUAGAGAUAGAAUUUGAUUUUGAUAAGAAGAAGAUCAUUACAAAGAAUCAGGAGAGCAAGUCAAUUAAACACACAGAUGAAAUUUAAGUAUUGCUUGAUGAAAUUAAACGGCUAAAAUAAUUAAAUGCUGAGUUGAUAUAGUAGUAAAAGUCGAUGACAAAAUAAAUGCUGGAGUAAUUGAUUGUCAAAUAGAUGAAGAGCGAUUCAAAAAACAGAUGCUUGACUUAGGUUAGUGAGCCAGGAGUCAAGCAAUAACCAGUUAUAAGGAACAAUAAUAGUUAACAUUAUAAACAACUCAAUAAAUCACCUAAUGUUGAGCCUCGUAAUCAUUACUUUAGUCAGUAUUUUCAGGCUCAAUAGCAUCAUUAGCAAUUAAGUAUGAGAAUUCAACCUCAAUGUAACAAUUUGAAUGCCUAUCAAUCCAAUCAUUCAUACGAAUAACCCAAAACUUCAACUCCUACAAUCUAUGCAACUCCAGUAAUGAUGAAAUAUGCUAAUGGAAGUCCUUUCAAUCACACAAAUAAAAUAUUAUAAUUCUGA